AUGCGUCUCUCUCUCUCUAUAACAAACAAUGACUCGUUAUCGUCGACUGUAAAUUUAUUGAUUUCUUUUUCUAAGACUUUAUUUUUCUUUUCUUCCUAUGUCUCUCUUCGUUCACGUGUUCUCUCUCUCUAUCUCUCUCUGACCACCUUUCUAUCUUCUCUUCUUUCAUUCCUGACUCUCUCUAUCUCUCUCUGGCUCCUUUCUCUCUUCUCUUCCAUUCUUCCUGAUUCGUUCUCUAUUUCUCUAUCACUCCCUGGCCACAUUUCUCUCAUAUAUAUAUAUAUAUAUAUAUAUAUAUAUAUAUAUAUAUAUAACCACCUUUCUCAUUUUCCUUCUUUUCUUUCUGACACGUUCUCUCUCUCUUUUCCAUGUCUCUCUGACCACCUUUCUCUCUUCUCUUCUCUUCUUUUCUUCCUGAUACGUUUCCCCCCCUCUCUCUCUCUCUCUCUAUCUAUCUAUCUAUCUAUCUAUUUUCUGACCACCUUUCUUUCUUCUCUUCCUUUCUUACUGACUCGUUCUCUCUCUUUAUCUCUCUCGGACCAUUUUUUCUUCUCUUCCUUUCAUCCUAACUCGUUCUCUCUCUCACUCUCCCCCCUCUCACUCUCCCUCUUUAUCUAUCUCUCUCUUUCCCUGAAUCUUUCUCCCUUCUUUUAUAUCUGA